GAAAAAAAAAAAAAGGUAAACAUAAGAGUUCUAACUUGUCAUGAUCACAGAGAUGUUACAAGUAAACUGCAGUUUCUCUGAUAGAGAAAAUUGAAAGUUAAGAGCAAGGAUGGGAGGAGCCUCACCCUCUGUCCCUGGGCUUCUGCAGUGUGAGUCACACAGCACUCCUGAGAUUGUUGGAUGACACAGACCACUAUCAUUUCUCCUUGUUACAAUCAGAAAUACUUUAUUUGCUUAACAUUUCAGAAAAUUACAACAUCUUGCUGCUCAGUUUCCCAAAGUUUCACUGAUUAACCUUCCUCUUCAAGCAUAACCUCUACUGCUUCCUGCAUUGCUAAAAUCUCAAGAUCCGGGUUCCUGCUGAAAAUAUUUCUAAGAAGUUUUGUUUUGUAGGUUCACCUGUUUUUGAAAGAUGGAAAGUACAUUCAAGGAAAUUGUUCUUCUUCAAGGCUUACAUCCUAUCAGUGAUUAUCAUUUUCGAAUGAUAAAGUCCUUACUGGCCAGUGAGUUAAAACUGAAAGGAAGCAAGUAUGAAGAAUAUGACAAAAUUAAAUUUGCUGACAUGAUGGCAGAAAAGUUUCCAAGUGAUGCAGGACUGAGAAAACUGAUUUCAUUCUUCAGUAAGAUACCAGAGCUUGAAGACACUGCUGAACUUCUCAAAAAGCAGAAGGCAAAAGUAUUAGAUAAAAAGAAAUGUACAGUAAAAGACAAAACUACCAGGAAGAGAAGCAAGCAAGAUAAACUCAGUGCUGGUCGAUCUACACUCACCACAGAUGAAGAUUACAAAAGAGAAUCAGUUUUGGAUGUGCCUUUGUCAAAGGAUACAUCUAGAAUGAAUGAGCAAGAUAUUGAUUGCCCAACGCUGCAGAAGAAAAAAAAGAAAAAGGAAAGUUCAACCAAGAAAACAGAUGACUUUGGAACAAACAUGGAAGAUCUGAAAAUGGACGUGUUUGCAGAAACUUCUACUCCCACCACAGUUCUGCAGAGCUCUCCCAUUCCUUCACCCAGCUCUUCCCUCAGCUCCUCAGCCAAGGAAGAGGAAAACACAAUCACCAAAAGAGAUAACUCCACUAAGACAUUAGAGAUUAAAGGAUCAACAAACAUCAUACCUCAUACUGGGAGCUGUCUCCAGACCCCUCCAAAGCCUUCAGUCACAUCACUCAGCAGUCUGCAUAUUCCUCAGAGGCAGCCAACUCCCUCCAAUAGUCAGCAGUCUCCUCAGAUGCUUCCAACCACAGUAUUCACCACUGGGAAUUCUCCACACACUUCAUCCAGAGCAGUCCAGACAUCUCAGUUACAUCCAAAAACACCAUCUUGCAGUCUUCAGACUCAUGAGACCAUUGUGACACCCCCCAGUGGUGUCCAAAUUCUUCUGUUGCCUUCCACAACAUCAUCCAGCAGUCUCCAGAUUCUGCAGAUGCCUCCAGUAGCAUCCAGCAGUGUACAGACUCCUCAGAAGCCUCCAACAAUACCAUCCUGCAGCCUGAAAACGUCUCUGAGGCCUCCAAAAAUAUCAUCCAGCAGUCUCCAGAUACUGCAGACGCCUGUAGUAGAAUCCAGCAAUUUGAAAACUCCUCAGAAGUCUCUGACAACAUUCAGCAACCUGAUAACUCCUCUGAAGUCUUCAAAAGCACCAUCCAGCAAUCUCCAAAUUCCACAGACACCUCCAGUUGCAUCCAGCAUUCUACAGACUCCUCAGAAGCCUCCACCAACAACAUCCAGCAGCCUGCAACCUACUCUGAAGCCUCCAAAUGCACCAUCCAGCAGUUUCCAGACUCCUCAGAUUCUUCUAGCAACAUCCAGCAGUCUCCACACGCCUCAGAUGAUUCCAGCAACAACGUCCAACAGCCUCUUAACCAUGAAGCCAAGCCCAAAGUAUGAACCUGCUGAAGAAAAUGGUUACCAAUCAGGUCCCAAAGAAGUGAUGGUGUUGAAAGUGACAGAACCAUUUACGUACGUGGUUACACAAAGUGAGCAUAGGAUGAUUCACGCCACAGUGGCUACUGAGAACGCAUUUUUCCGAGUGAAGGUUUUUGACAUGAAAUUUAAGGACAAGUUCAUCCCCAAAAAUAUCAUUGCCAUAUCCAAUUAUGUUGGUCGAAAUGGUUUCCUGGAGAUAAACAAAUUCUCAAGUGUGUCUAAUGUGAGUGCUGAUCGAAAGAUGAACAUCAUCCCUGCUCUGAUUCAGCAAGCCAAAGCAACUCCUAAAAUCAGCCAGCUUGGAUCACAAAGUAAAGGAAAAUAUGUGAAUGGGAUAUUUCUGGUGUGUAAGAAACAAGUGAGACCAGAAUGUAUUUAUUAUGAAAUACAAGAUAAUACAGGAAAAAUGGAAGUAUUUGUACAUGGACGCCUGACCCAUAUUCACUGUGAAGAAGGAGAUAAACUUAACCUCACUUGCUUUGAAGUAGCCUCAAGUUGGAAUGGCUGGCAGCUGAGAUCUGUGCUCCAUAGUCACCUCAAGGUCAUCAAAGCCAGGAAAAACAAGAUAUAGCCACUCGAUUCUUAUUCAAACGUGAAAACUUUAUUGGAGUCCAAAAACCUGGAUGCCACUGAUAAUGAUGUUGAUGGAGGUACAAUCCACAUUUAGGAAGAAAAUAUAGAAGAUCCAAGUUUAUGAAUAAAAUACAUUUUAAAAAUCAGCUCUUGCCUGGUCAUGGAGAUACAUUCCUAAAAUCCAAGCACUUUGGGAAGCUGAAGUAGAAAAAUUAAAAUUUUAUCACAGCUUAAGCAAUUUAGAGAUUUAGUAAGAUCCUGUCUCAAAGACUCUGGGUUCAAUCCUCACUACCAUCGACAAAAACAAAUAAACAAAAAAACAAACGACAAAAAAAUAUGGUCAUAAACAAACAAACAACAAAAAAAAAGAACAGAAAAGAACACAAUCAAAAAGCAACUUUAAGAAGAUUUUUAAAAAUACAUUUAACUUAUUCCUUUUGCAUUUUUAGACUCUAUAUUCCAUAUUUUGAAUCUACAGUUUUUUAAAAUUUGAAGAAAAUAAACAUCUGUUUUUAAAGCCA